AGUAAGCACGGGUCGAUGCACGCGCGUCGUUUACGUCGUUACUAAGCAGCCGUAGCUAGCUAACGGCGUUUGUUAGCAGCAAAAUGUGUUGGUCGGCUUUAAGUUCAAGUCGUACGUAUAGGAGGAUUUGUUUGUCUUUUCAACUAUGUGUUUGUGACACGAUACGUAAAUAACAAAAGUAACACUCACUACCAUGGCUUCCUCACGCGACAUUCUUGAAAAACUGGCGAUGAAACACCGGGCUCUACAAGAAACCCUAGUGAAAAACAAACAUGCAGAUGAUGUCCAGGCUCUGGUUCCUUCAGCCAAGGUAAAUGUGGGGAAGCUACAACCUACAAUGAAGGCAGCUGAAAGCAGUGAUGAAGACCCAGGAGAGACUCUCAAAAGGACACUGAGGGCUCAGAGACAGAGGAGAAAAGAAUUGCUGCUCAGCAAGUCUUCAGUCCAGGAGUCUCAUAACAAUGAAGAAACAGAGGAAGUCUCUACCAUUAAGCGCUACAGUCCUAAUGAUAAGUUGGCUGAUAAGACUGAAGAAAGUUCUGUGAUUUCAAUAAAACCUCCAAGUGGUUCUUAUGGUUCAGCAACCCCACAGCCUUCCAGCUCCGUGUUUUUAGACACCUUUGUGACACAGCACUUGCAGGAGAAGCUCAGAGCGGCACGGUCUAAAGGAGAGAAGCUUCAACAGCUAGAGGCUUCUGUACAGUCACCCAGUCGACUCCAACAGCUCAGAGACAGAGACACCGUGACGAGGUUUGACACAAGGCAGGUUGAUCCAGUCGGUGCAGGAAGACAUGAUGACCCUCCGGUUCUUCACAACCGGAUCAAGUUCAGAGAGGCUGCAAGAAGAGUGAGAGACCUCCCAACGGCUGAGGAGUCAUACAAUUUCUUUACUUUCAACUUUGAGCCUGAUCGUCCGAAUGAGAGGCUCAGCAGAAAACGGCAAAUACGAAGAAAAUCUGCAGAGGAGGCCAGAGAUGAGGAGGAAGGAAAGGCAGCUGAGGUGGAAGAAGAUGCCGGAGGGGAAGAUGAUCAAGAUGAAACUGUAAACCAGAGUGAAGAAGCUCACCUGGUUCAAAAUGCAGAUGACUUGUUUGUCAUUGAUCAUUCUCCUCAAGACUUCCUGGUAGUGAAGAAGGCUGAAUAUGUCAGUUACCACACACGUAUUCAGCAGGAGAGUGAACUGUUCACACCGAGCUUUCGAACUGUGCCAGCUUCGGUCAAACUGCCUGAAAACAUGAAGCCUCGCUUCCUGGAGGAGGAGGGUCUCUACGUGGGAAAGAGGCCCGCCAUAUCUCUGACCAAUGAGAACAUUCUAGAGAACCGCCUUUUGAAAAUGGACGAGGGAAGGAAGUGGUUUGGAGAUGAUGGGAGGAUCAUCACUCUGCCUGACCCUGUGAAAGAGUCGUCCACGCGACCGCCACUGGCUGACAUGGAGGAGGACCUUCAUCCUGCACUGCAAACUGUUUACCGGAGGCCGCUGAAGUCCAUGUACGGUUCAUCAGACCCCACGGGGGACUACCAGAUCGAUGUCAAUGUGUCGGGGCUGAUCUUCUCCCAUCACCCUCUCUUCAGCCGUGAACACGUGCUGGCAGCUCGUCUAGCUCACCUGUUCGACCAGUAUCUCACCAGGAGGCAGAGUAAUCUCUCAGGACACCUCACUGACAAGUUGAAUGGUUUAAGGAAUGCUUUGAGGAAUGUGGUGAAGGUCCACGGUGAUCAGGACCUCCCUCAGGCCCUUCAGAGGAGGAUUUUUGAGUACAGCCUUGAAGUGAGGAAUACUCGACACCUGAGAGAUAUGGAGCAGGAGAAGGACAGAACUCUGCUAAAGAACAUCAUCAAAGUGUGGAAGGAGAUCAAAGCUCUGAGAGAAUUUCAGACAUUUACUAACACACCAUACAAGCUCUACCUCAGAAGAGAGAACGUGGACCUGGCUGCAGAUGAGCACAUGUACGAGGAGGAAAUCCUGACAGAAGCUUUGGAGAUAGAGGCAGAGCAUGAGGAGGACUACCAGAAGAAGCUGGCAGAGUACAAGAAACAGCAGGAGGAGUGGAAGCGCUGGAGGAAGAAGCAGAAAGCCAAAAAGAAGAAGAAAAAGAAGAAGAAACGAGGUCAGACACAGGAUGAUACAGACGAGGAAGAUCAAGACCAGGAAGGGAGCGAAUCAGAAGGACCCUUUGAGGAAGGUCCUCCUAAACCAGAACCCCCCGAGAGGCCGGACUUUGACUCCAUAGAGCAAUGGGUGAGAGAAAAAGCCUCGAGGAUACGCAGGAAGCCAGGAGAGGUCAUUCUGACCCCAGAGCUGUCUGCAUCAGGAAGCAUCACACCCAGUGAACUCUGUCCCAGGGCUGAGGUUGCUCGAAGAGAAGAUGUUUCCAAGCGAUCGCUUUUCAUCAAAGUCCUGUACAAUGACAAGGAAGUUUCCCGAACAGGCAGCUGCUCCCUGAGAUCUGACUUCAGGGUGCAGUUCACCCAGCUGUUCCACCUCAAGAUCCUUAACUGUCCCCAGAGCAUGAAUCUGCAGGUGUUUGAGCAGAUUGGAUCAUCCUCCUCCCUCCUGGCUCAGGUGUUUGUUCCGGUACCAGAACCCUCAGUGGUUACAGGCAGCGCUCCUGUGGAGACGUUUGAGUUUAGCAGCAACCAAAGAGUCAUGUUUGAUCAUGAAGGAGUAGGAAGUGAUGUGCCGCUGUCCUUUGAGCCUGAUGGAAGCAACAAAGUGAUCCUGCUGACCUCUGGGAAGCUGGCAUGCUGCGUUUCCUGGGGGAUCGGGGAAGAUGAUGUACCGCGCGCUCCUCCUGUUUCCCAGCAGCUAGGUGCUGCACACAGUGGUUUGGGGCAUCUGGACGCAGUCACUUAUAUCGGUGCAUCUGGACUGUACGACAUGAAGAAGAUUAGUGAGUGGGCCACACAGUCACGACUGGAUCCCAAUGAUCCAAACAAUGCCUCCAUCAUGCAGCUGCUAAAGGUGGCCAGCAGCGGGGAGGUGACCGCUCCGGACUACUUCCGUCUGGAACACCUGCAGGAGGAAUUUAAUUUUGCGACUGAUGAAGAGAUGGAGAAAUCCAAACGAUUCCGCCUGCUCAGGCUGAGGCACCAGGGAGUCCCCGAGUUCCGCAACUACAAAUUUGUUCCUGCGUUCUCCAGUGAGACGUCAGAGGAGGUGUUCAAGGAAUAUGACAGACGACUGAGAGAUGAAGAGAUAAUCAACAAGGAAGAGCAUUUGGAUUCUCACAGAGCUUUGGUGGCCAGAUAUCUUCAGAAGAUACGAGAAUCCGUCAUCAACCGAUUCAUUCAGGCCAAACAUCACUACCUGCUGUCAGACUUGGUGGUGGAAGAGGAGAUCCCGAGCAUUGGGAUUCUGGGCCUUAACCUGUUCAAGCUGGCCGAACCCAAACGGCCACUCAAACCUCAGAGGAAGGAGAGAAAGAAAGUGACGGCUCAGAAUCUGUCGGACGGAGACGUCAGACUGCUCAUCAACAUCAUCCGAGCCCACAACAUCCCAGUCCGCAAGCCGCACAGCAAUAAACCAGGACAGUCUUCUCAGAGCGCCAUCCAGGGCAGCGAGUGGUUCAUCAGCCAGGUACAGGUGAAGCCAUUCGUGGAGGUGUCCUUCCAGCGCACGGUGCUUCAAACAACCACGGCUGACGGCCCAAACCCCAGCUGGAACGAGGAGCUGCAGCUGCCUUUCAGCGCUCCUAACGGUGACUACAGCACUACGGGCCUACAGUCGGUCAAAGAUGAAGUCUUCAUCAACAUAUUUGAUGAAGUGGUUCAUGAAGCUGCAGCGAGCAACAAAGAGAGGAGGCCGUCUGUUCACACACAAACAGAGAAGCACUGGCUGGGCUCGGUCAAGAUUCCUUUCAGCACCAUCUACUCUCAGUCCAGGAUUGAUGGAGCAUUCAGAGUGAACACUCCAGCUGUGCUGCUUGGAUACAGCAAGGAGCAUGGCAGCUUUGCUGCUUAUGACCAUUUCAGGAAACCAAACGAAGGAACGUUCAUCCGACUCUUCAUCACUAUGGAGCCCCAGCUGGUGCCUGGAGAGGCCAUCAGGGAGAAGUUUGAGAGUCAAGAGGAUGAGCGACUUCUGCAGGCUUCAGAGACGUUUGAGAGGGCUGCAGCUCUGCGGUAUCCAGACCGACCCUGCAUCACUACAGUCAUAGACCUGAAUGGGAAAACUGUUUUCAUCACUCGUUACAUCCGACCCCUCAAACCUCCACAGGAGUUCCUUGAUGCAUUUCCUAAUAACCCUCAGGAAGCCACGACGCUGGUGGCUCGAUACGUCUCCCUCAUCCCGUCUCUGCCUGAUGAACUUUCCUUCUGCGGGCCUUGUGACUUGUGGAGCACCUGUGAUCAAUUCCUGACUCUGCUAGCAGGAGAUGAAGAAGAACACGCGGUUCUGUUGUGCAACUACUUUCUGUUUUUGGGCAAGAAAGCCUGGCUCAUAAUGGGCACGGCCAUACCAGAGGGACCUACAGCUUACGUUCUGACCCACGAGCCCAGUGGGUUCUUCAUCUGGAACCCUAGCAGUGGCCAGUGCUUCGAGAGAGACGACACCUUCUGCCCUCUCCAAACGAUUGGCUGCUUGGUCAGUUCUGACAAUGUUUGGUUCAACAUUCAAGAGAAAGCAUCACCAGUAAAUAUGAGCUUUGACGUCACAAACACCAGCUGGUGGAAACCGUUUUUCUCUCGCUCCUUCUCCCACCCCGGGCUGUCUAGUGUGCAGCCAGAGGAGCUGGUGUACUUCCACACGGACAGAGCAGCUGCCUCUGACCUUCAGGACAGAAUUGAGAAGAUUCUGAAGGAGAAGGUCAUGGAGUGGCGUCCUCGUCACCCUACUCGCUGGAACCGGUACUGCAACAGCAUCCUGAAGCAAUUCCUACCCAAACUGGAGCUGAGCAGAGGACAGGAUGUGGCUAAGGCGCAUCGCCACGAGCUGCAGAACCUGCUGGGAGACUACAGGAUUGCAGGAUUCCCCCUGCACAUGCCAUUCUCUGAGAUUCGUCCCAUCAUAGAGGCAGUGUACAGCACUGGAGUUCACAACGUCCAGGUGUCCAACGUGGAGUUUGCUCUGGCUGUGUAUGUGCAUCCGUACCCUAGCUACGUGCUCUCUGUGUGGGUGUACCUGGCCUCCCUCACCCGCCCAUGAGAGAACUUCUUUGUAUUUGAAUGUUUUUGCAAACACUAUUUUAUACUUCAAUAUUUGAAGCUGUAUUUUGUAAUAUAUGUAAAUGAAUUUUAAGUUUGCAGUCACCCACCUCUGGUUUAAUAAAAGAUGUAAGUUGUA